AUGAUAAUAUCAUCCUAUGAUGAACUAGAUGAUCAAUUCAACAACUCUGAUGAACUAAUUAUAGACCAAGAUAUAGUCAUAGAACUAGUAGAAAUUAAUACUGGAGAACAAGACCAAAAAGAAAAAACAGCACAAUACAAAAUAUACAACGAACCACAAUUGGAUAUCAAAGAAAAAGAACUUUGCACAGAAUGCAAAUGCCCCUAUAAUGAAAAAGAAUUACUAAAUGAAUAUUGUAACAAAUAUUACAAAGAAGUACUAAAAUGUAUUGGAUGCAAACAACCAACCUUUGUUGAAACAUUAAAAAAUGCAAAAUGCACUAUCUGCUUUCAAAUGGAAGUGGAACAAUGA